GGCGGCGGGUGGGGGCCCGGUCCCCCAUGGGGGCGGGUAGGAGCAUCGACGCGGCCUCCGGGUCGCUGUCUUCCCCGGGGGUCCGUCCCACUGACAUUCUGUGCCCGCCCCUCGCCCUGUCUCCCCGUCCCCAUCGUCGCUGUCAGGCCCCGCGGGUCCCCGCCGCUGUCACUCGCGCACAGGUUACCCCGCGGCUCCUUUCUCUCCACUUGCUCAUGCCCCAGUUCACGGGAAACCUGUUUUCUGACCUCACUUCCCCUGCUCCGGCUCUGCCUCUCUCGGAUUCUCUGAAAUCUGACCCUCUCCAGGGGCACUGUGACAAGAAGGAGGGAAGAAGCAACCUUACUCCGGAGCAGGCGCCCGUCCCGCCCACGCCCCAGCCGGGGCAGGGGCCGGGGUUCUGUGACAGAGCGCCGCUCGUCCCUGUGCCCUUGGGCUCCUCAUUCCCAUAGCAGGGCCCUGUCUCCGUCCUACAGCGCUCGCGGCAAAAACUAACUUCUGCAGGUGCCUUGCGCCCAGAUAAGUGAGGAAAGAGGGGAAAUGAACGCCCGAGAACCCCGCCUCCAGUAGGCCUUGGAUCAUCCUGGAGCCAGGAGAAACCAGGUCACAGUUUGGGUUUGCAGCAAAAAUGCUUUCAGAACAGACAGCAGCCCUGGGGACAGGAUGGGAGUCAAUGAAUGUCCAGCUGGAUGGAGCAGAGCCCCAGGUGGAAAGGGGAACCCAGGAAGAGGGGCCAUGGAGAACAGCCCCAGAGCCCCUGGAGCACCUGUGCUGUGAUCUUGAAGAGGAGCCCCAGUCCCUUCAGGAGAAGGCUCAGUCUGCUCCCUGGGUUCCUGCCAUUCCCCAGGAGGGGAGCACUGGAGACUGGGAGAUGGCAGCGGCACUUCUUGCAGCUGGAUCACAGGGCCUGGUAACCAUCAAGGAUGUGUCACUGUGCUUCUCUCAGGAGGAGUGGCGGAGCCUGGACCCCUCUCAGACAGACUUUUAUGGAGAAUAUGUCAUGCAGGAAAACUGUGGGAUAGUGGUUUCUCUAAGAUUUCCAAUUCCCAAACUGGACAUGCUUUCUCAAUUAGAAGGAGGGGAAGAACAAUGGGUCCCUGACCCCCAGGACUUAGAGGAGAGGGACAUCCUGAGGGUCACAUAUACAGGAGAUGGAAGUGAGCAUGAGGGGGAUACCCCUGAACUAGAAGCAGAACCUCCCAGAAUGUUAUCUAGUGUGUCCGAAGAUACUGUGCUCUGGAACCCAGAGCAGGAUGAGAGCUGGGAUUCCAUGUCCAGGAGCUCCAGAGGAAUGCUCCUAGGCCCACCUUUUCUUCAGGAAGAUAGCUUCUCAAACCUUCUGUGUAGCACAGAGAUGGAUUCCCUGUUAAGACCGCACACAUGCCCCCAAUGUGGGAAACAGUUUGUGUGGGGCUCCCACCUUGCCAGGCACCAGCAAACACACACUGGGGAGAGGCCCUACAGCUGCCUCAAGUGUGAGAAGAGCUUCGGGCGAAGACAUCACCUGAUCCGGCACCAGAAAACCCACCUACAUGACAAGCCCAGCAGAUGCUCUGAGUGUGGCAAGAAUUUCCGAUGCAACUCCCAUCUGGCCAGCCACCAGAGAGUGCAUGCUGAAGGCAAAUCCUGCAAGGGCCAAGAGGUUGGAGAGAGCCCUGGGGCUAGGAAACGGCAGCGCGCCCCACCAGCACCAAAGUGCCAUGUGUGCACCGAGUGUGGGAAGAGCUUUGGCCGACGGCACCACCUGGUGAGACACUGGCUGACUCAUACAGGGGAGAAGCCCUUUCAGUGCCCUCGCUGUGAGAAGAGCUUCGGCCGUAAACAUCACCUGGACAGGCACCUGCUGACCCAUCAGGGACAAAGUCCCCGGAGCAGCUGGGACAGAGGGACAUCUGUCUUUUGAAAUCUGUUUCUGCUGCAGCUGUGGUCACAUCUGUCAGCUGGUGCUAUCAGGAGUCUCUGCCAGAGCUGCCCCUCUUCUGCACCUCAGUGGCCAGAUUCAUAAGCCCUGGCCCCAUCCCUAGAAAGAUGAGGUUUCGGUUUGGGCCAGAGCGUUUCUCACCAGUUUUGUGAGAUACCACAUAAAAUAGAAUCCUUUGGGCAAAACUUUUGGGAAACAAGUGCUUACAUGGGCUGAUAUUCAGCCUGAGCCCAUUCUCAAGGGUACAGUGGUACUAGCAAUUUAUGACUGAGGUCCAUUCUGAUUGGAGCCUAUGCCAUACCAGUUGUUAAAUAUUUUGAGUAUCACAUUUGUAUACCAUAACUUUUAUAUUCUCUCUAUAUGUAGAGAGAGAGAGACUCUACUGGCAUAUUAAAGGCUCUGAAAACUUAUGCAGCAGAACAAAUUGUUAAGCCUCCUUUAAUGCAGUGUUUCCUAAAUUUAUUUGACCUCAGUAUCCUUUCUAUCUCACAUCCCACAGAACUGGUGACUCCAUGAAACACUCUGGUGAACACUGGGUUAGAGAGUAAUGAGGAAACAGGAAAAAGAUAGUGAUCAGGCACCCAGAGCCCCCUUUUUAUAUUCAAAUGAAAGCCAAGGGGCAGACCUCAUUCCUGGGUGGGUCUAUCAUCCUUACUCCAAUCAUCCAAAUAUAUAUCCACACCUCUCACCCCCACCUGCUGAAAAAUAGAAUAACCUUUUCACCCCCUAUUCCUGUUCCCUUCAUCCUGCACAUACAUAUAUCCAGCAGAGAGAUCACACUACAAUGCUAAGAGAUGACCCUUAUACCCACAAGUAACCCAGGCCCACACAGAAGAAAAAAACUUUAUCCCCUUGAACAGACCCCUCUCCUCUUGACUGUGUCUUUAUGUGUCUAUGUGUAUCUUUGUGCAGGGUCUUUGAAGAGAGCAUGCAAAGUGCAUACUGUACAAGCUAGAUUUUCUAGCGGUUGUGUUCUGGGGAUGAGGGUAGUAGGGAUUGUAUGGGGUUUUUUUGUUUUUGUUUCAAGAUAGGAAGUAACCUGAGCGAUGAUUAAGGGAGCCCUAGUGGAAAGGGUUAAGUGGUGGGUUAUGUUGUGGGCGUCGAGGUAUAAAGCCUUCCCCAGUAUCACUGAGGUCAAGGCAACUGUGGAUAUAUAUGUCUACAUCUGACUCUCUGGGCUACAGAUUCUUUUUGCCUGGGAGGAAGGAGAAAGAGACAUCCUCAGUAAGGCAAGCUUUUUCUUGAUUUCAAGCAAAGUGCAUAUAGAAGCUUUGUGUCGAGUGGGGUUUUUGUCUUGUUUUAAGUGCUGGGAAAUGAGGGCAGGAAUCAUAGUUGCAGGUUGUUGUCAUCACUCUCGUUUGACCUUGAUUGCCUCAUCAAGGGAGCAGAGUUAUUCUUGAGGAUCUCAUUCUCCCAGAAACAGAACUUUGGGGGAAAUGGCUAUGGUUUAGCUUUUCAGCUGGUGCAGGGUAAUGAGCUUUCUGGUUGGUUGUCCUCCCAAUUCUGGGAAGAUGUCCACUCUAAGACUGUUAACUCCAGGACUUGCAUAAGUGUUGUAGCAUCUGUUAGUUGAUGAGUUGGUCAUUGUUUCUCUUUAUUGAUGAUGUGUUAAUACCAGUCUUAUAAUUUAAAAGUUACCUCGUAUGUAGGAGCAGUUUGGGAUUGGGGGGGAGAAGAGCAAAGAGGAUGGAAGUGGGAUAUUUUUUCUUUAAUGCUUAGAUUCUGGGUUUUCAUUAACAUGCUUAUUUCUCAACCACAACUGGUCAAUUAAACAGGCAAGAGGAAGUGAGCUGCAACAACCUAGUUCAAUGACUGUCCCAUUUGCUUAGGAAAAACUGGGUGAAUCACAGCUCCUCAGUCCUGGACCCAGAUGGAGCUGAAAAUAGGAUUAUUUUGCUGACUGGGCCUCUUAGAUUGGAUAUUACUUGAGCAACCCAGCACCCACCUCCCUUCUGCUGCUCAGAGCGGCCUUCCCUCUUUGCCUGGAACAUACUUCUCUUGCUGUGUUCCUAGGAAUAGAGCAAAAUGGCCAGGCUUUUAUGGUGGCCUUGUCCUAGAUCCUCAGAGACAGAAGCGUUUUAGGAUCAGUAUUAGGAGAUGCCCCAAGUAAGAGGAAAGUAAUGGAUUCCAGUGGUAAAACUGGACUAUGCCAUUUCUUUUACCCUCCCACUAUGCCUCAAUUAAUUAAUGCAAAUCAUCUAUAUGUAAGCAAUGGUUCAGAAUCUGUUUUGGGUUACAGACCCUUUUGAGAAUCUGAUAAAAAUCAUAAACUCACUUUGGAGAAAAAUACAUAUUAGCAAUUUGCUGCAUUUUGCAUACACAUUUAGCAGGUUCAGAGCCCAUCCGUGGAAUCACUAAACUGAGGUCAAAGAAAGGAAGUUACCCUGACCCAGUAUGGUCAUUAUAUAUAUUUGUGUCAAGAAUUACAAGGCAAGGAUCACUAAAUAUUUUAAGGACUAAGAUACAGAGGCAGUAGGGUAUAAGAAUAGUCUGGUCUUUAAUGACUAAAUGGUAUUGCUUACAUUCUACUCUGUUUUUUAAAAAAAGAUAUGACAUGCUGACAAAUGCAGCUCCUCACAAACCUUGUUUUAAAGACUCGUGGGAGGUGACUCUCCAUACUAUCAGAUCACACCUCUUAAUAAGCAGAUGAUAACCUCCAGCCUUUGAUGUGUUUUAGUAAUUGUCAGGGUAGAAAGUGAAGGCCCCAAGAGUAGGUACGUAGCACCCAACUGAAAGGUAUCGAGGAGUCUAAGGGCCUUCUGCAGAAGGGGCAUCCCUUUAGGUCAUUUCUCGUGUACUUCUGUCUUCUCUACCUCGGUCCAACACCACUUCCCUUGGACAAAAAAUAAAAUAAGCAACAGCCAUUA